CAACUUUCACCCCCCCAAAACAAAAUUUCGCAAGCUACAAAACCCUAAACCCCAAAUGAAAACCCUCCCACUCAAAUUUCCUCUUCCAGUUCUCAAUCUCUCUUCUCCAUUUCCCCUGUCAGUGCAUCUAACCCCAAAUUACAGAGCCUACCAGCUCGCUCCGUUGCCCUGAUAGCCGUGAAAAUGGAGUUUUCAAUCGCACCGGACGAAGACUCCCGCCUCGAGGAAGCCCAAGAGCGUCCCGGCUACAAAGACGACGGAGUCGCACAUGACACCGUCGAUAAUUUCGUCGAUGUCCGGCGAACUGCUGUCGGCAGCAGAGUCCAAAUCCACGCGCAGCUCAAGGAAGAAGAUAAACCCAAAGAGCCCAACCAGAAGGCGGAGAGUGAAGCGGCGGACGGAAAGCCUUUUGAUUCCGCCGAUCCAAUCAUUGCCGUGAAGGAAGAGCAACGGGAAGAAUCCGAUGAGAGACCUUUACCUACCGCGAUUGCAGCGGUUCCUUUAACCGUGGUCCCGGCGGAGCAGCCUCGUGAUGUAAAAAUGGAAUCGACAGAGAUGGAAGCGGCUGAGAUUUUGGCCGGAGGUAUGCGGACUGUGAAAGACGAGCCUAUCGAAACAGAAAUGGUGUCGGUAAAAGAAGAGCUAGCGGCUGAAGCGCCGGCGACGGUGGAAGAGAAGCCUGUUGAGGCAGAGACGGCGACAAAAGCAGAGGAGCCUGUGCAUAUGGAGACAGAGGAGACGGUGGCGGAAGACGAAGCAGCUCGACCGGCAGAUACGGCACCGUCGGCGAAGGAGAAAACAAAGCCCGUGAAGUCGGAGGUGAUAGUGAUUAAGGAGACGGCCGAUAGUGGUGAUAAGAAGAAACGGAGCGCACCGACGGUCCCGGAAAAGCCGGCGCAGAGGAUCAUCGACGGCCGCGUGGUGGAAGACGGGGAGUUCCCUGAACAGCAGGGUUACUAUCUGGUGGGUAGAACGAUGGUGACCGCGGUUUCCACCUCGAAAGGCAGGAAAUUGGCUGACAACGAGAUCGUCUACUUCAACUACUCCAAGUCGAGUUCUAAAUACAAUGCUCAAUGGAUCGUCCGCUUCUCAACCAAAAGAUCUGGGGAGGUUGGUCGGCUUCCAAUGGAAUGGGGGAAAUGUGUCGUUCCGCUUGUGAGCUCCAACAAGGUUAAAGCUCUCGGAAGAUGCGUGGCCGCCCCGCCUACUCUUCAUAUGAUGCAGGAGGUCUACUUAUAUGUGAGCUUCUAUGUUCACCGAUCAAUAUUCAUAGCGUUGGAGAGCUCGACGUGGACGCUGGAAUCAAACACAUACAUCGAUUCUUCAGUUUACCCUCUCCUUAGUCUGUUUAAACUGCUGGAACUUAAACCAUACCAAAAGGCUGAGUUCACUCCAUCGGAGCUUCACUCAAGAAAACGUGGUUUGAAGCUUGAGGAUGAAACAGACGAUUCAGUUGAAGCGUUACACCUUGUUAAGAAGAGAAAAGGCGCAGGAGUUCAAAUUCCUGAACAAGACAAGGAUGAACAAGCCUUUUCUGAGUCGACCUUGAACAAGAUUGUUGGUACUGCCGAAGUUUAUGACCUAAUGGAAAUGGAGGCUCCACACACUUUAACCUGCCAUUUAAAGCCAUACCAGAAACAGGCUCUUCGAUGGAUGUGUGAAUCAGAAGAGGGGAUGGACGAUGAGAGAGCAUCCAAACUGCUCCAUCCAUGCUGGGCUGCAUAUAGUAUAUGUGAUGAAAGGGCAGCCUCUAUUUACGUUAAUAUUUUCUCUGGAGAAGCCACCUUUCAGUUUCCAGCUGCAACUCAGAUAACAAGAGGAGGGAUUUUGGCAGAUGCAAUGGGUCUUGGAAAGACUGUAAUGACGAUUGCUCUAUUACUUGCAAAACCAGGCAGAGGAAGUAUCGUUUUGCAGGCCUCGUGGUGGGACUCUUAUUAUUUGUCCCAUGGCAUUGCUUCACCAGUGGAAAGAUGAGCUCGAGACACAUGCAAAGCCGGGAAGUAUGUCUGUGUUUGUUCAUUAUGGCGGUGAGAGAAUGAAUGAUCCAAGUCUCAUUUCUGGAUAUGAUGUGAUAUUGACAACUUAUGGUGUCCUAACGGCAGCUUAUAAACAAGGUUUGGAGGCGAGUAUUUUUCACAAGGUAGAGUGGUUUCGGGUUGUGUUGGAUGAGGCUCACGCCAUUAAGUCCCCAAAAUCACAAGGUGCUCAAGCUUCCUUCCAGUUAUCGUCGCAAUACCGCUGGUGUCUCACAGGGACACCUCUUCAGAACAACUUGGAAGAUAUUUACAGCCUUCUAUGCUUCUUGCACGUUCAACCUUGGUCCAACUGGUCAUGGUGGAACAAAUUGAUCCAUAAACCUUAUGAGAAUGGAGAUCCUAGAGCCCUUAAACUGAUUAAAGCCAUCCUGAGGCCACUGAUGCUGAGGAGAACCAAGGAAACCAAGGACAAUUACGGAAGGCCGAUUCUUGUUCUUCCGCCAACUGAUAUUCAAGUGCUUACAUGUGAGCAAUCAGAAGCUGAACGUGACCUCUAUGAAGCCCUUUUCAGGAGAUCAAAAGACCAAUUCGAUAGCUUAGUGGCAGAAGGCCAAGUUCUUCAGAAGUAUGCCUCAGUCCUUGAGCUACUACUUCGUUUGAGGCAGUGUUGCAACCAUCCUUUUCUUGUCAUGAGUCGAGCUGAUUUACAGAAGUACUGGGACUUGAACAAGCUCGCCAAACGGUUCUUUGACACAAAUGAGGAUUCUGCCUCCUCCACUGAGGCAACCGCUGCAACUCAAGCCAACAGUGAAGAAGCUGUAGAAGGAAUGCGAAAAGACACCGAAUGCCCCAUCUGCUUGGAGUCAGCAGAUGACCCAGUUUUCACUCCAUGCAAGCAUAGAAUGUGCAGAGAAUGUCUCCUCACCAGCUGGAAAACACAUACAGAAGGGCCUUGCCCACUGUGUCGAACUUUAGUGAGUGAAUACGAGCUACGAGCAUGUCCAUCGGGGACCAAGUUCAAGAUCGAUAUUCACAACAACUGGAAAGGUUCGUCCAAGAUCACUAAGCUCCUGGAUUGCUUGGACAGAAUUGAUGCUUAUUCUGGGGAGAAGAGUAUCAUCUUUAGCCAGUGGACUUCUUUCUUGGACCUCUUGGAAAUUCCACUGAAGGAGAAGGGGGUUCAGUUCUUGAGGUUUGAUGGGAGAUUGUCUCAGAAGCACAGGGAGAGAGUUUUGAAGGAGUUCAAUGAGAGCAAUGUGAAAAGGGUGCUACUGAUGUCUCUGAGAACUGGUGGGGUGGGGCUGAAUCUAACUGCUGCUUCAAAUGUGUUUAUAAUGGUAUAGUUCCCAUAACUUCCACAAGGUCUUCCCAUUUCAGACAGUUACAGCUGUCCUCAAAACCUUUCAUGGCUGACAAAUUUCUUAUUUUGUAGGAUCCAUGGUGGAAUCCUGCAGUUGAAGAACAGGGCAUCACCAAGACGAUACUCCGCCCAAAGAAGAUGCACCUCCAGGAGCUGAUCUGAAUGUACCUUAGUUGAUUGUCGUUCAGUGAGGAAAUUGCAGCAUUAGAGAGAGAUCCUUGCCUUUAUAGCCAGUCAGAAUACAAACGAAAUUCUUCCUCCAUCUCCCAUGAUCAGAGGACCUAGGCUCUCUUCACCUUUCCGCUAACUCUCAAACAAGUCCUUCAACUCUCUGUUUUGGUGAUCAGUCAGUGGAGCUUGGUACUUUUCGCCUUUCAACUCUUCUUCUACUGGAGGAAGAAGCGAAUGGAUCUUCGGCCUCUCGGAAGAGUAGAGCCUGGUGAGUAUUGAGGGAUAUGCAGAAUCAGCAGCAAGCGAAGGUGGUGACAUGACAUUGUAAAAGCUCUAGAAGAAGAGGUUGCUAAUCCGAUGUUGCAGCGAGACGAAUCGAGGACGAGACGCCAAGGGAAACUUCUCGACAGAGAACCCCGCAUCUUUCUAUGUGGUAGCAGGCAGCUGGUCGAUUAGGGAUUUUUUUAGAAGCCGUGUUUUUGACUUCUUUGAAAUUGUUUCUUUUUUAUGGGUCAGGUUGGAUGCACUGUGCCUUUUCUCAUCACCGA